ACGGUGACUCUUGUUCGUUUGUGCUUGUUCUCUGGUGGCGUCCUCACACUGUCUCUCCCUCAGUCACUUCGACUUUUACUUCUUGUUAAUCCCAAAACAUUGCAUCCCCUUCGCUGAGUCGAAUGCGACCAAGAUGCCGAGAAUGGAGGACAUUCUGAACCUUCCUGUGCAAGACCCUCUUUAUCCCGAGUUUUCUGCUGCUCACAUAAAUUGGGUCAAAUUGGAAGGUGGUCGCCAAGGUGGUGAUGAUAUUGCUCUCAUUCCUUUUGCCAGAGUUGAUGAUUUUGUCAAAGGGGAAUCUUCCAACCCCGAAUGCCCUGCGAGUUUCCGCAUAGAAUCAAGAAGGAAAAGACCUGUAGGAAGCAUUGCCAAACCAAGGGUUGAUGGCUAUCUUGAAUAUACAUUAUACUGGUGUUCUUAUGGUCCUGAAGACUACCGAGAGAGUGACUCAGGUGUAGGGGAUGGCACAAGCACCAAACCUGCUUCUGGGAAGGGGAGCAGACCGGGGAGGCGUCACAUGAUGAGAGGGUGCCUUUGCCAUUUCACUGUUAAAAGGCUUUACACCCGACCCCUCCUUGCGCUAAUCAUAUAUAACCAAAGAAGGCAUGUAGAUAAAUCAGGGGCACCGUGUCAUGGAUUACUUGACAGGGAUGCGGUAGGGACAAGAGCUAUGUAUGCUCCGCGAAUUUCGGAUGAGUUACGCCAGAAAGUGAUGUCUAUGCUUUAUGUUGGAAUAUCGUUGGACAAGAUAAUCCAGCACCAUGCAGAGGGGAUGCAGAAGCAAGGUGGCCCCCAAAACCGUGAUGAUUUUCUCACUCGAAAUGAUGUGCGUAACAUGGAAAGGACAGUUCGUAAUUCUUCACAUGAGCUACACGAAAAUGAUGAAUGCAGUGUAAAGAUAUGGGUUCAGCGGCAUCAGAAGCAUGUUUUCUAUUUUCAAGAUAACUCAGGUUCAGAACCAUUUGUGUUGGGUAUACAGACAGAUUGGCAGUUGCAACAAAUGCUUCGUUAUGGAAAUAAUAGUUUCAUUUCUUUUCAUUCAAGUUUUGGCUUGAAGAAGCUUAAGUAUCCAAUAUGUUCUUUACUUGUUUUCAAUUCAUCUCAAAAUGCAAUUCCGGUUGCCUGGAUCAUCACCUCAUCUUCUGUUGGUAAAGCUAUUCAUAAAUGGAUUGUAUUGCUAUGUGAAAGAUUACGAACCAAGGAUCCUAGAUGGAGGCCUAAUGCUAUUUUGUUGGAUGAUCCAUCUUUGGACUAUUCUAUCAUAAGAGAGGCUUUCCAGUGUCGCAUCCUAUUAUGUGCCUGGCAUGUUCGCCGUACUUGGAUUAAAAAACUUUUAAAAAAAUGCUGCAACAUUGAAGUGCAACGGGAGAUGUUUAAGCAAUUGGGAUGGAUUCUAUACUGUACAAAAUGUGGGCCAAAUGCUAUGGAUGCAGUUGAAGAGCUUAUGCAAAUUUUUGUUGACCAGUGUGCCUUCAUGGACUAUUUCAAGAGCCAUUGGCUAGCUAGUAUAGAUAUGUGGAUUAAUGCCAUAAAAUCACUCUCUGUGACAACUCCUGAGCCACAUGCUGCAAUAGAAUCCUAUCACCUAAAAUUAAAAUCCAUGCUUUUGAAGGAGAAUUAUGCCAAUUUCUGGCCAAGAGUUGACUGGUUAAUCCAUGCUUUAACUACUGAAUUUCACUCAUUAUACUGGCUAGAUCAAUACAGUUUAGAGACUGGGUAUUUUGAGAAUCUACGGGACAAUUCUUUCUCCUCUAAUGCUUGGUAUCAUGCUCUUCAUAUUCCUGAUGUUGAUGUGAUACUGGAUGAGCAAAAUCUCCAUCUUGCCAAAGUCUUAUCUCAGACUGACAGAAGCUUGGUGUACACAGUUUCGAAUCCUGGUUCAGAAUUUUCACUUUGUGAUUGUUCCUGGUCUAGGCUGGGGAACCUCUGUAAACAUGUCAUCAAGGUGGCAACUUUCUGUAGAAGUCGACAGGUUGCAAGACCAUCAUUGUCUGCUCAAGUUUAUAAACAGGCUUUGCUCACCCUUCUCCAUAAUCCUCCUGAUGAUCCCUUAGUUCUGGACCACACAAUUCUACAUGUGGCCCAUUUGCAACAAGACAUUAAGGCCUUGGAAGACUUGUCCAACAAUGGAUUGCUCCAGCCUAUAGCUCCUGAUUUAAGUUCUCAAAUGGCUGAAAAUCCUCUGCUUUUUCAGCGCAUCCAGUGACUGGCCCAUUUUGAAAACAGAUUGACCGUGUUUGGGUUAAAACUUAUUUUUUGAGGCUAAUGUUGUGAUCCUUGAUCAAUCAAUUUGCAAGAAUCAAAAAGGAUAUAAUUUUGCUUUUAAGAAGGUCCACAACCAUUGGCUUCAUGAAACCACAACACUCUUUUAAGAAUUGGUCUGAACCUUCAUUUGUCAAUAUUCUUUUCUUUCUUUCCAUUUAUUUUCCCUUUGGAGUUGAUGGGGGUGUGAGGGGGAAGAUUUGUGCUAUUAAAAUCCGUUUAGGAAUGUGCAUGUUAUCUUUUUUCCUGAUACAUUUGUUUAUGCAUUGGUUCUUUCAAGUAAGCUAAAAGAUUAUUGACCUUCCAAAUACAUUAUAGGUGGAGUUUGACCCAUGUUUAUUGGAAGGUUGAGGCUGCUUCUCUGUAGCAUAUUCGAGGCUGUUAUCUGGCAGGUACAAUAUACCAUCAGAUGCUUUCACCACUUAGAGGGGAGGAUGAACUCUAGGGUGCCAAAAGAAAUGAGAAGGCAAGGAACAAAGCAGUUAGGAUCAUGUUGAGGAUCAUAACAUGCAUUGAGACAUUGAAGUGUUUUGCAGAUCAAACCAUCAUGCAGUCAAUGUGGUGAUUAUUGAAGGAGGGGAUAUUCAUGUGGUUGCCAGGCAUGCCGCAAAUUCAGUUAUGGUGUCUUCUGGUGUAGGGUACACAGGUGAUAAAUCGUUAGAUGUCACGUAAUAAAAAGACGUGUUGAGGUACUUAAGUUCAACAAGAGCAUCAUUAGAAGGGAUAUUACUAUCUCAGAAGGAAAAAUAGAAUUCCACGGUUGAGGUAUCAACCAUUUGUACAGUUUGACAUCGGUUGAAAUUUCAAGAUUACUGGUUUUCUCUCGACCUAAGGGGACAUGCUCAUUUGGGGCUUUUUGACUAGUUUAAGGCAAUUUUAAAACAAUUUAUCAAAAAGUAAAAAAUAAAAAUACUAGUUGAGUAGCU